UCACCCAAACACACAUGAAACACACAUGAAGGGAAAAUAGUGAUAUGAUAUAGACUUUGGUGAGUUAAUACAUCCAUGAGAUGAUGAUAAGGAUGUAGCCUCAGUUGGCAUGGUCCCCUUUCUAUACCCUAUGCAUGAUUCCAUCUAUCUCCCAUUCCCUUUUCCUCCACCACCUCUUCUUUCUACUUCUCUUCUUAACUCAAUCAAUUUUUUCAUCUUUUCUUCUUUCUCUCUUUUAGAUCUUUUAUAGAUCUUGAAGAAAUUAAGCCUCUCAACGAAUUAUAAUAGAUUUGAGUAAUAAGAUUGCAUCUAACAUGGAGGCAUUUAGAGUGGUGCUACAACCUACACCAUCCUCCUCUUCUUCUCCCUCCUUGGCGUCUUCUCUGUGGAGGCCUGAAUUAGGCACCCUGGUGGCAGCAGAUGGCAGCAACGGGCGGAGGGAGCACAUGUUCGACAAGGUGGUGACUCCGAGUGACGUCGGGAAGCUGAACAGGCUGGUGAUCCCGAAGCAGUUCGCCGAGAGGUUCUUCCCGUUGGAGCCAGAUAUGGCCGACAAGGGGGUGUUGCUCUGCUUCGAGGAUGCCGCCGGAGAGCAGUGGAGCUUCCGAUACUCCUACUGGCACAGCAGCCAGAGCUACGUGAUGACCAAGGGAUGGAGCCGCUUCGUGAAGGAGAAACACCUCCACGCCGGGGACACCGUCUCCUUCCUCCGCGCCCCCACCACCGGUGCCGGUCACCGCCUCUUCAUUGAUCUGCACCGCCCCAGGCACUUUUACCAUCCGCUAAUUCCUUACGACACUUUUCGGCCAUGGGGAGUAGCUUCUUGGGGAGGGAAUACGGCUGCCGCAAAUCAGAUCUUAUGCUACAACAGAACGCUUCCGGGCCUUCCCCGGCAGCACAUCGCUGGACUCAAAGCAGCUUAUGACGAUGGGGACACGGUGCUGGACUCGGUGCCGGUGGUCAUUGGUGGCAUGGCAGCUACAACCAAGAGCGCGCCAAAGCGGUUCAGGCUUUUCGGAGUAAAUCUAGAGUGCCCUGAGCUUCCACCGCCGAUGGAGGAUGGCAGCAAUAACGCCGGCUGGUGGAGGACUUGCAGCAGAAGCGGAGAGAACGAAGAAAGAUGAACAUUUAAGAAGAAGAAAUUUCAUCCCAUAUAUAUAUAUAUAUCUAUAUAUAUCCUUCUGAUCUGCAUAACAUAUAUAUCAUAAGUACUUGAUGUUAAUUAAUUUGUAAUAAAUUUUUGUUUCAUUUCUAGAAAAUAUUUGAUGCAUCUGCCAGCCAAAAUAAUAUAUAGAUCUCUGUUAAUUAUGUAUGACCAUAAUUAUCUUUACUAAAAGUAUUUUGAGUCAUCUGUUUUUUUGUCGUUGUUUUCAGGGUUUUCCAGCUUUAGCCAUAUCAACUGUACGAAUCAAUGCUUGGAACUUUCUUUGAGUUGCUGAAGAAGCAUAGAAAACAAGCAUGUGAGCUCUCUCUCUAUCUCUCUCUCUUGAAGAAACACACACAGAGAGUUACGUUUCAUAUAAAAAAAAAAAAAAAAGAGAAGAGACACACGCGCACAGUGUACUCUAAUAAAUAAAAAGUAGAUAGUCUUACGAUCUGUGGUUUCAACAAGAACAUCUAAUGAAGAUUUUCUUUGUGUUUCCAAACUCCAACAAAUUAAAAGCCCUAAAUUCUAUUGUUUAAACUGUACAUAUUUCAUAAGUUAGAUGUCCUCUACUUAUUGGCUCAUAAAUUUGGAUGGAAUAAUGCUUAAUUAGUUAGUACUUGAAUAUUUUACUCAUAAAAUUGGCUCAUGGAAUAAAUAGUACAGCUGCCUGUCUCAUUCCUUUCAACAUAAUAAGAGAUUUAUUAGCAAGAGUUUUGCAUUUUGUUGAUGUUAUUUCCUCUAAUACCUAGCUAGCUAAAGAAUUGAAACUUUGUGAACUUGUAAUUUUGCAUGUGCAUAGACAAUCAAACUUCGUAUCAUAUUAAGAUUAUAUGGGUUAAGUACGUAUGCAUUAACCUCGCAUACCUAGAUAAAGAGUUGGAAGGAUAUCUAAUUUUGUAUGUGCACACUCACACUCACAUUCACAUUAAAUUUCAUAUUAUUUUCGGAUUUGAUAUUAGCCUUUUUCUUUAUCUUAAAUAGUUAGGAACCCUAUCUAUGUUUAAUGUGAGAAUCGAUAGAUCCCCAUAUAUAUACUCACAUUUAAGUCUAUGUGCUACUAAGCUUUUGUUGAUCAUAAAGUACUUAAUCAUAUGUAAAAUUACAUAUCUACUUAACCCUUGAGUUGCAAGCUAAUGGUGAUCAAAACAAAACUUAACAAAGAGUUCUGAUUGUCAAAAAAAAAAUACUGAUAAUAAGGAAUGAUCUUAGUGCUAGCUCAUUAGUGAGGCAAGAUCCUAUUUCAAAUAGUUAUAAUAAAUUUGUUAUUAAUGUAUUAACUGUAAAAAGAAUGUAUGAUGAAAUUAAAUUUAAGCAGCAGUUGUUUGAGUGCUACCACAUUUAUUGAUUAUGCUUCACUAUUAUUGAUUAUUAGCAAAAUUAUCAAUUUGCUACAAUGCUUCGAUGAUGAAAAAUUAUCUGAUCCUUGAAAUUAAGAAGAUCAAUAUCAUGAUAUAUUAGGAAUUAUUGUUGAUUUAUGUAUCACGAGGAUCAUAUUUGUCUAAUGUAAUGAUAUAAAUUUUAUUUUUUGCUUUAUUUAUACACAUGUUAUCUAUCAAGAUAUAAUCUUGACAUAAACUUGCCCCUUGUACUUUCAAAAGUUGAUUUGAAAUGCAUUGGACGAAAUAUUGAUGAUUAAUUUUAAAGCAUUUUACUAAAUCAUGCCCCUCAUAUUCCUCAAUUUAUCCUCACUUUUCAACUUUCUCCUCAACUCAAAUGAGGUUGUGACAAUCUUAUGGGCAAUAAUUAGAUUUAUUAGGUUUCUAAGUACCUUUUCAUGUAAGAUCAUCAAAUUAGAUCUCUUGCAUCUUAAUUUUGCAUAGAUUUUAAGUUUGAUGCAUAAAUUGAUUUGCAAGUAGUUGGCAUGGUUAAAUUAUAUAGAAUGACAUACUUGCUAAUUUACAAAUUAGCUUAGCGCAUGAUAUGUUAACAAACUUAGACUAACUUUUAGGAUUCCUUGCAACUUAAGAUGUUAAUUAAAGAGCCUACCAUCUCAAUUAUGUAUAACUUUAGAAUUUUGAUCAUAAAAAUUGUUUUGCAAAUCAUUUUGCAUAGUGAAAAAUAGCAUCGAUCAAUUUAGGAUCCCUCACAAAGUUUUAGGUUGAUUUUGAAAAAUUUUAUUCAAAAUCUAAUAGUUCAUGUUUUCUUUAGAAAACCCUAAGAAAUUACCUAGCCUAAAUAUAGACUGCUUGAUCAUUUGUAAAUCUAUUGAGGCAAUUAAAUGGUAAAUACUCAUUUCCUCCUUUUCUUGUUACUCUAUUGAGGCAAAGAAGAUUGAUGCAACUUUGUAACUUUCCGACCAUCUAGUACUUAAUUUUUUGGAUCAUUCAACACUUGAUUUAAUUAAUGUGUGAUUCACUUCACAUUCGGUUUUAGUACUUCAGGUAUUAUAUUGAAACAUUUCCUUUUGGCUUCAUAGAUCUUGUAUUAAGCUUAAAUUUUUUUUUCUUACACCCAAGUUUAUCUCAUAUAACUAUCUUCGCAAAUCUUUAAGAUCAUAUUAGUUUAUGCUUCCUAAUUUUAAGAUAAUCAUUUCAUUUCAUGUAUCUUGAGUAAUUCACUUCUACUCAUUUUUGGUAAUUCCUUAUCAAAAUAAAGUUUCCUAACAAUGUAGUUGGACUAUAUAACAUAAUACCUAUCAGUAAGAAGGUUGGAAUUAAGAUCCUCUCCAAGCAUCUUUAUCACUAGCUUUUCUCUCUAAGGUUCUAAAUGUUCUUGCUAUUUCAGUAAUUAUCCAAUCACCUUAUUAUCUCACUUGUUUUACUUUAACCAAAUGCUUAAGUUUCCUUCAGUACUAAAGAUAUGCACAAACUUAGCUGUAAGUUGUAUAUGCAUCACAGACUUUGAUGCAGGUGUAGUGUUAUAAGUUGGUCAAAAGGGACAGACUCUGUGUGUCGACAUGCAUGCAUCUGCUUAGCUUGUUGCCGAGGCGUGCAAACAAUCUACAGUAGAAAGCAUGCGUAAUGCCUACAAUUAUUUUGCUUGCAUGAAAUAUUCCUUCACCAUAAACAGGCACAGAGAUGAAGAAAAAACAAACGUACAGCAAUAAUACUGUCUGAAGGAAUUUAAUCUGGUCAUGUACUAUUCGAUAGCCCUGAAUAAUAUUAAUAAUUUUAUAUUUAAUAUGACAAUUUAGUUUUCAUUU